AUGGCAUACAAGAUAGAGUUUCUUAUUGACUCCUCGCUGGUUGGGGACAUUCCGCAUUCUUCUUCAAUGUCACUUGAUUCCAUUCUAGAACAAAUUGAAAUCAUCAAAGCUGAGGCCAUGAAGAUUAUUGAUACCGAAAGGCAUGAUGUCAAAGGUAAGGAUGUUACCCAGAGGGUCAAUGACAUGCCAUCACGGAUCAAUGACGUGGUGGUUGGAUUGGAGGACGAGGCAAAAUCAAUAAUCGAGCGACUAACAAGAGGUUCAAGCCAAGUGCAAAUUAUUCACAUUGUGGGUAUGGCGGGACUUGGUAAGACAACUUUAGCUAAAAAAGUUUACUGUCAUCCGUCAGUUACCUCCCAUUUUCAUGCACGUGCUUGGUGUACUAUUUCUCAAGUUUAUCACCAGAAAAGACUGCUGCUUGAAAUUUUGACUUGUAUUGAACCCGAGCAUUCUGAUGAAUUUCUUGAGAAGUGCGAAACAGAUCUAGUUCUAAUACUCAAGCAAAAAUUGGGUAAGAAGAGAUAUCUAAUUGUUUUGGAUGAUGUAUGGGAUAUUGAAGCAUGGAAUGCAUUAAAAGACUCGUUCCCUGAAAAUAAAGAUGGAAAUGCAGUUAUCAUAACAAGUCGAAUUCGUGGUGUUGCUCCACAAGAUAAAUCCGUCAAAGAGCUUCCUCUUCGUCAACUCACUCAUGAUGAGAGCUGGCGUUUGCUAAAACAAAAGUUAUGUCCUCGAAAUUACUUGCUGCUUCCAAAAUUAUGUGAGCUUCGAAUGCAAAUUGGGGAAAAAUGUCAAGGGCUUCCUCUUACGAUUGUCAUUCUUGCUGGAAUUCUGUCAAAUAUUGGUCAAGAUGGUUGGGAAGAUGUUGUAGAGAGCUUAAGUGCACACACUGUUUCUACCACUGAUCAAUGCACUGCUACAUUAGAGCUGAGUUACGAUCAUCUACCAGAUAGAUUAAAACCGUGCUUUCUUUAUUUGGGAGCGUUUCCAGAAGACCAGGAAUACACACCCAAGAGUUUGAUUCAGUUAUGGGUCGCUGAAGGAUUUGUGCGAAAAUCUCAGAUCAAGAGCUCAGAGGAUGUGGCAAAUGAUUACAUGAUGGAUCUCACUGGCAGAAGUUUGAUCAUGGUGUCCAAAACAAGCUCCAUUGGAGGGGUCAAAGCUUGUCGUGUCCACGAUCUGUUACAUGAGUUUUGCUUAACAAAAGCCAAAGGAGACAAUUUUUUCCAACUUGUACGUCGGUAUAAUGAACUGUAUACUCUACACAUACCACACUACCUACGCCGCUUGUGCAUUUACUCUGAGCCAGAGCACAUUCGUGAGUCAAGGCUUUUUUCUCCCACCAUACGUAGUCUAUUGUUCUUUGCUCAUGGUAAAACGAACCAAGAAAAGUCAUUUCAUGAAAAAAAGUGGUUUGAUCAUUCAUUCAUUUUUCAUGCCUUCAAGCUUGUUAGAGUAUUGGAUUUAAGCCAAAUUCAUUUAGGAUUUACUUUUCCCAGAGAAAUAGAGUUGCUUGUUCUGUUGAGGUACUUGGCGGUUAUGGUUGAUAUGCUUUCUAUCCCGUCAUCCAUAGCCAAUCUUCUGAAUUGGGAAACUUUCAUUGUGAGAUCGGGAAUGUCAAUUUCACUGCCAGAUACCAUUUGGAAUCUGAAGAAAUUGAGGCACUUGCAUAUAGAUGGAUUUGAUUGGCCCAUCGACAAUCUUGACAACUCUUCAAAUUUGUGCAAUUUAGUUUCUUUCUCCGGUGCAAUUCCUGGACAAGUUAUUCAAAAUGUUUCCAAAUAUCCGCAAGAUGAAAUGCCAAAUUUUGAAUGUUGA